CACGAAUCCGUUUAGUGAUUGACAAUUGUUUUCGUUUACAGGAAUUCGGUUUUUCGUUGAUAUUUUGAUUAAUCCAACUUCAAAACAGAACAAUCUGAGUAGCCGACUUCCGUUAAUUUGUAGAUAGGCCCUGUCUGGUCUGUCCGUCUGUCCAUACUGUGCUGUGGGUCAACCGACGUACUAACAGCUCAAAAUGUGUUCGGUGUUAGUGAUUGGAGAUAUGCACGUACCGUUCCGUAGCAGCGGACUACCGGCCCAAUUCAAGAAACUGUUAACUCCGGGUAAAAUACAACACGUAUUGUGUACGGGCAACCUGUGCACGAAAGAAAUGUACGAGUUCUUAAAGUCUAUUGCCAAUGAUGUGCACAUUGUGCGUGGUGAUUUUGAUGAGAAUCUCAAUUAUCCAGACCAAAAGGUAGUCAAUGUUGGACAGUUUAAAGUGGGCUUAUGCCAUGGUCAUCAAGUGAUACCGUGGGGUGAUCCAGAAUCCCUUGCAUUACUACAGAGACAGCUAGAUGUAGACGUACUGGUGUUCGGUCACACUCAUAAGUUUGAUGCGUUCGAACUUGGAAAUAAAUUUUUCUUAAACCCAGGAUCAGCUACUGGAGCUUUUAAUCCACUAAACCCUGACAUUAUUCCCUCCUUUGUGGUGAUGGAUAUCCAAAGCUCAACAGUGGUAUCAUAUGUUUACAGGUUGGUUGAUGAUGAAGUAAAGAUUGAAAAAAUUCAGUACACAAAAAAAUAAACUGUGAUAUUUUGUACCAAUAAUUUUCACAUAUAAUAUAUUAUUUUUAUAAUGGCUACAAAUUGUUAUCAUCCAUAUUAUUACUUUUGUUUGUACACUUAUUUAUUUAUUGCAAUUUUUAUAAACUAUAUUAUAAUAUAGCUUUAACUAAAACUUAUAUAAUAUAAAUAUAUAAUUAUACUAUAAACAUCUUCUCAUUAUACAAUUAUAUUAUAUUUCCACGAUUACACUAUUUUAGUU